AUGGGCCUUCUCCAGGAGAAUCAAGAUCCUCCUUCUACUUCUCCACAAGUUUCAAAUCGUGAAAAACUUGCCUCCGGAUACAUCAGACCUCAUAGCACCGACUCAGUCCGAACAACAACCUCUUCACCACCCACCAUCCAGCCCGUAGAUCUGGUGACCUACACUCUAUCCUUCCAAAGCACCAAAGCGCACCACGGAUUCGAUGCAAAUAAAUACACUCUAUCUGAUGACAUCUCUCAGUAUUCAUCAACGCUUUCCCUUCAGAGCGUUGAUAAGAAAGCAUUUAGAGAGAGAACCGAAAAAUGGAUUGAGGGGGUUGAGCGUGGGGAAUGGGAGACGAGGAGGUCAGAAGGGUUGGGAGUUGGAAAGGGAAGGGUAGAUGAAGGAGUUUCUCAUAGUAAAAGACGUAAGAGAUAUAGAGAAGGGAGGGGUAUGGUGGGUGAUGAUGAUGAUGAUGUACGUGGAAAGAAAAGUCGAGUGGGAGAGCGAGAGGAUGGAGAUAGUGGGAUGUGUAAGGGUCGUGAGGUUUGCGAGAGGGGGAUAAUGAAGGAUUUGGGAAGAAGGUCUUUUUGUGAGGAGCGAGAAUGA